AUGUCUGAAGAAAUUGAACUCAAUUUUAGAACUAAGGCGAUUUUGACUCCAAAGAACUUCAAUUCAGAGAAAAUGCUGGUCGCAAAAGUGAUAUUCGAAGAAUUAUUCGUAAUCUUUGAGUCAGAACAAAAAAUUACUGGAUAACACUUGAGAGAACCAUGCGAAUUCGAAUAAAACUAAUUAUAUUAUUUUCCAGAUCCAAACGGAACCACCCUUGAAGAAUUAAUAAAAUCGAAAGCAAAUUUAUCAGUAGAAGAAAUAACUGACUUAUUUAAGUAAUUAUUGAUUGGUUUGUAUGUGUUACACCAAUAAGGCAUCCUGGGUCGAUGCUUUACAAUACAAAACACCUAUAUUUCCAACAACCAAAUAAAACUCUCAGUAUUUGGAUUUUAUCCAAACCUUCAGCUAGCACCUCCAGAAUAUCUUAAGAAUAAUGAAUAUUCACUUGGAAUCGAUAUGUGGUUGUUGGGAUGUCUGCUCUAUCAAUUAUUAACUUAAAAUAUAUUGAAUAACUUUACAACCUUAGAUGAGUAUAAUAAAUUUUAUUCUUAAUUGGAGAAGAAGGGAUUGCCUCAACAAUUAUCAUCCCUUAUUAUGAAAAUGUUGUAACCUGCUGAGCAGAAACGAAUUACUUUCUUAGAAUUACACACUGUCUUCAAAUGUGUCCCAAAUAACGAUCACUUAUGUCAAUUCUACAGCAAACCAUAAAGUCUGACACAAAUUAAAUUUUCCAUAAAAAAACGAGAAGCGUUCAAUCCUGAAUGGGCGAUUGUAAUAGUUUAUCCCUAAUUCAUAGCCGAAAGAAUUCAACGAGAAAACUAAACUUCUAAUCUUCAGCACACGAUAUCAGAAGCAGUCUCAACUCUUGAUGGAAUUACAGAAUCCCUAACCAAAUUUUCUGCCAUUAUAUAACAAAUCCGACGAAGUAUGAUAUGUGAAUUUAAUCCUCUAGGAGAAGAAACUCUACCCUCAAAUUUGGAGAGAAUUGCAUUUCCAUUAUUACAAGUUCUUCAUCAUGGAAGAUCAAAUCAACUCCUUGGAUACCAUCGCCCAAUCUUCAUACAUCCUUUGGACCAGAUUAUGCAUCUUGAACAUGCUCAUUAUUCUGAAACGAGAAUUUCUGGGCCUAAUCAAGGAUCAAAUUAACUUUCUUAAAGUAUCUUAGGAUGAAUGGAAUAACUUUAUUAAGAAUUCAAAAUAAUUAAAAACUCACAUGUCCGAACUCAAAUUUUAAAUUUAAAAGGAUUAGAAAAAAUUGAAUGCCCUAUCUUUAGAAGCCGAUUGUCAAUAAGUGAAUGCUGGCUUCUUAGAGAAGGCUUUGUGGAGGCAAUUGAAUUUAGAUGGCGCAUUUGUGGAUGUACUGUAUUUAUCAUAACUAAGACUUCCUAAUUAAAUCUAUUCGACUAGUUUAAAGUCCCAUAUAGAAGAUGCCUCCAAUAUUGUUACUAUGAAUUAGAAAAGUUCAUAGAAGAAGAAGGGGAUUCGGACGAUGGACUCUUCUACGCUCGACUAAGAUUGCAACUCAUCAUCUGCAUGACCAUAAACAGGGUCUUCGACUUGAAGUUCGAUAGCAAUAAACAACAUAGGGAUAUCAAUUUUCUUGAACUCAAAAAGGCUUUAUAAAUUCCUGAACUAAUCUGUCCCUCUUAGGUGCAUAAAUUCUUAUAAAAUGCAACUCUCGAUCAAUUGAAGCAAUAAACAAUUGAUAUCCACAAACUAUUUUUUAAUGUCCAACCUAUGUCCAGCAGAAACCCAUCGUGAUUAUCUAC